GAUCACGCGUUGACAUUCGAAGCUCUGUCGUUAUCACGGGCUGGGUCCCAAGGUACGUCGUCGGAAGCUCGACCACGGCGGACCCCUGUUCGGCAUUUUCCACCUUUGCAAAUCGCUACUUGGAGGGUUGCACUUCACGUACGGACCCCCGACAACGAAAGAUUCUCGAAUUUCUACAAACCAUUGCCCUUUCACAACACGCUGGGAUAGUUGUUACAAUGUCAAGGGCUAGCAAGCUUACCCUCGCGGGGACGUCGCUGUUCGCGCUCAGCACAGUCUUCUUCGUGCAUUUCCAGCAACAGGCUGAGAAAUCGGCAAUGCACGCCGGCGUCGUCCGCGACAUGGAGCAACAGCGCAUCAAGAAAGAACGGCAACUUGACUUCGACAUGCAGAAGGCUCUGGAGGAGAGUUACAAGAAAGUACAAACCGUUAACGACGGCGGGGGUGCGCCUGAACCGCCCAAGCCCGGAGAUGUGGGCGGUGGUCGGUGACGAAGCUUGGUUCGCUGGGAGAGUGCAGUGACGGGUAGUUGCAAGCCUGUGUAUGAACAUGCAUGUACAAACAGCGAAGGCGGUAGACGGAUUCAAUGAGGGGUAGACGGAUUCAAUGAGGGCUGUACGAUACUCUGGGGUAUAGUGUGAAGCAUUGGGCGGCGUCAAAAUUAGGAGUUACAUACGGAAACCAAACCGGCAGAACAAUCUCAAACACAGACAUAUAUAGAUAGGAACUUGUACAUUAUUGCAGGUCCAUAAGCUGUAUUUUUCGAAUAACCAUCUCUCUUGAAUUACUCUGAACU